AAAGAAAACAAUUUUAAUUCCAGCAUAUCACAAACAUUAAGUGCCCUUAUGUGAUAGGAGUUAUGCUAGGGACUAGGGAGACGAAAUGGGACAGGCCCUCUCUUGUGUACAUUAGCUUCUCUGAUAGUGCAGAGUGGCAUCAAGUGUCCUGUUUCGCUCAAUGGGGCUGUGAGUGGCCUGUGCCUGGCAUUUCAGCUUAUUUAGCCACAGGGGGCUUACAUUCCAGAGGCAGAGGAUUGCAAGGUUUACGAAUUGUGAGAAAACACAGGGUUCUCUGAGGGGAAUACUAGAAUGAUGGGGAGGGGGCAGAUUUGAAUCUGAGGGGUUACCUCUUCAUUAUUUUGUGAGUAACCUGGCUGCAGAGACCUGUGGAGCAGCAACUGGGACCUCACUUAUCUCCUCUCCUGCACCCCAGGGAAUUGGAGCUUGUUCUCCAGAAGGGUGAUCUAGGAGGAUGCCUGUAGGCUGAGGCUCCGAAGCAUGCCCUCUGGGCACUGCGACACACACCCUCUAGUGGUCACAAGUCAGGCAGUAGGCUGGAUGGGCCCUAGAAAUCCAAGGACAGUGGGACUGCCACCAUCCUUUUAGUAUCCCUUUCUGAUCCUAUCUCCACCGUGACACAGUCUUUCUAGAAUGAGGGAUGACUCUGGGACCUCAUGUUGUUUAAUUUUGGUAACCACCUAUAGCAUGAUUCCUAUUCCCAGUUUACAAAUGAGAGCCCUGAGGCUAAUAGAGCUGAGGGAAGUUAAGUAGGGUCAGUACUGGACUCAGGCCUACCAGGCAUCAUCCAGCUGGGACCUAAAGGCGCCCCACCCCACUGGCACAUCUCUGGGUUGAGCAGGAGCAGAAGGCAAACUCUGUCUGAAUUACCACCCAGGGAGAAGGUAGCCCUCCCUUGGAAGGUUACUACUUUAGUUGCUCCUUGGCCUGAGGCUCCAAGCACAGACCUGGCAUCCCUGAAGGAAUCCUGCAGAAAGGGGUGAGCUGGUACCUCAGGGAGGUAUGGGGGUAAGGGGGAAAGAGCCACAGCUCACAGAUUUGCCUCCAGGGUUAGGGGCUGAGCAUUUGAGGAAGACUUGAAGGGUAGCCCAUCUGCCUGCUGGUCUCCCUUUACCUUUGCUUCACACCCAUUUAUGCCUCCCCCCAGCCAAAGUGGCUGGGUUUAAAUCCAGCCUCUACCACUAACUACAGGCUUGUGCAAGUUACUUAAGGUCUUUGUGCCUCAGUGUCCUUAACUGUAAAUUAGUGCUUAACAACCAUGCCUACCUCCCAAAGUGUUGUAUGGAGUUUGGGGCCUCACUCCACAACAGAUUCAGCACGUCCAGUGGACAUUUUGAAAAACACUGUCCUGAAGGGUGUGCUCUGGCAACACAGACCCACCCCACUUUCUAGCUGUUGGGGGAGGGUGCACAAUGGUUUAUACCUCUCUGGUUUUAGCAUUUCAGUACUUUCAAGACUAUCUUCUUUUCAAUGGCAAAUUAAGUGAGCAAGUUCCUAUUCCUCAGUUUCCUCAUUUAUAAAAUGGAAAUAAGAGUAUCAGUGUUGUUGUGAGAAUGACUAAAAUCUUUGUAAUGCUUGAAACAUGGCCUUGCCCAUAGUAAACACAAGUUAUUGCAAUCCAUGGUCAAACCAGCAGAUACCCUAAUUAAAACAAGCUAUUAAAAAACUACAUUACAUUGAGUUUCUCCUUACAUUAAUUUCCCCAGGGGCAAGAAGUGAUCGAAAAGGGGGUACAAGAUCCUUUAUUCUUUAGUUGUCCUUUAGGUGUUGCUUACACAGGUGUUUUGUUCACUUGUGAAAAUUCACCCUGUUUACUUGCGAUUUGUGAACUUAAAAUGCACUGUCUUGUAGAAUCUUCAUGGUUCUGUGAAGAAAGCAGGGCAGGCAUCAACAACCCCAUUUAUCAAACAAGAAACUGAGGUCAAGACAGCUGUUUUCAUUAGGCCGAAGUAGAAGGGGAUGAGGGUGGGGAAGAUUCUAAGUCCUGCCCUCAGUUCUCCAGAGUAACCGCCUCUCCCAGAGGGUGCGGAGCGAACAGUGCCUGGCUCCAGGUGAAGUUCGGCAAAAGGUUCUGAGUCCUUCCUACAAACACCGCCCUUCCCCCAGGGCACACACAACUCGGGCCCACUCGGGGACUCACACCACCGCACGCUCACAAGGCCAGCCCCACACGUGGGAACCCCCGAGGGAGGCGCGCGCGCAGGCGCCCCCUCUGCCCUCGCUGGGGAAUGGCGCCCAGCCCCGGGCCAAUGAGAGUAGCGGAAUUUCUUUCAUUCAGAGCAGGGCCGGGCUCUUGCCCGGAAAGGGGCGGGGCGCCAGGCCCGGGGCGGGGCCGACUUGCGCCAGGGAGAGGGCGGUGCCCGCCCCGUGGCCCGGCCAAUCGGCGCCGCGCCCGAGGGGGGAGGGGGAACCAGGUCUUUUUUCCCUCCGCUCGGGGCCAAUCCCGACUUUACAAGCUUGAACUUUUGCCACCCUCGGACGAGCUAGCGCGCCCGAGGAGGUACCCCGCCGCGCCGGCUCCAGGGGCAAGAGCGGCCUUAACCCUUCCCGCGCCGGGAGGCCUGCUGCUGCGCCCCCACCGGCUCAUCCUGGAUCGGGGGGGGGGGGGGGAAGCGGUUCCCCCAACCCACCCCCAUUCCCAUGGUGAAACGUUGUUGGGGAAAUCACGAGCCCUACUACCUAUAUUCCUCUUCGCUGUGCAGAGAAUAAACUGGGGAAGGGAAAGGGGUGGAAGAAUCACUCAGCCUCGAGGGGGCCCGGGACACUGGAGGCCCGCCUAGCUCUGAGGAAGAGACUUGGCGACUAAGAAGAGCCGAGAGAAGACAUCUCCUGCCUCUACCCCACCCUCUCUAACUCCCUGUUCCUGCAAGCCUGGAGCCCCCAUGCGGGAGGCGUCCCACGCUCCGCGGUCGGCCCAGCGGAAAACCCCUGACUGCGCAGGGGGUGUGUAAACCGCGUCCUCUCACGGAAGAUCCCGCUAUUGCACAAAUCAGCAGCCCCCUUUGCACCCCAAGAGAUGCAAGCCACGAACGCACACACGCACACCCAUUUUUAUAAGCCUUCUCUGGGCUGGGGGUAUGUAACAACUCUAAAGUGCAAUGUAUAAGUUUGUGCACAAGCCGAGGAAAGGCAAAGCGCCCCGUUUGCAUCCAAGUCUCUGUGGGUUCGCCGAGCCCUCGCACCGCCCGCAGUGGUUUGUGUAACCGUGUGUAUGUGUGUGUGUGUUGUUCGCUCGCAUGCGUGCCCGAGGCGCACGCGAGCCAGAGAGCUGGCCGUGGGCGCUGUCAGGACCGGGGCCGGAGGGGGGCGCGGGGGCGAGCUCGGGGCGGGGGCCAGGGCUCGGCCCGCCCUGGGAGCCGGCCCCUCAGAGCCUCCGGCCCUGCAAAGGGACGUGUUCUCCUUUAAGAGUUAAGAAACUUGAAACCUUGUUUGCGCAACAAUCAGCGCCGCGGAGCCGCCAAAGUGUCUAGACUGGCAUAUGAUGGGAGGCAGCCAAUGACUCCGCGGCGCUCCUCCGGGGGCCCUCAGUGUGCGUUUGAGGAGAACAAAAAAGAGAGAGAGCCGAUCUGGGGAGCGAGCGAGGGAGCCGAGCCGAGAGAAAGAGCCGCCGGGCGCUGCCUCGCCAGACCUCGCUGGGACCGCGGGGCCACCGGGAGGCACUUUUUGUGGAGGGGGGAGGGGGGCGACCUCUGCAGCCGCAACGUCCCGGGCGUCCCAGCGCAGCGUGGGGCGGGCUGCGACCUCUUCCUCGGUGGAUUGCAUUUUUAAUUAAGGAUUCCCAGCAGCUCUUUGGGAUUUUUACAGUUUCCACUCAUGUGUUGACACCCGCGUUCAGGAGAAAUUCGCUCCAAGUGCAUCUAGCGCCCGGGACCUGAGACGGAGUUGGCCUUUCGUGCAUGCAAUUCCAGGGAUUUUGGUUUUGUUUGGGGUUUCUUUUUCUUUCUUUCCCUCCCCCCCCCCUUUUGCAGGGAGUAAGAAGGAAGCCGAGGGUAUCAACAAGCCUGCCUUUCGGAUCCUGCAGGAAAAGCCCAUGUAGUGAAGCUCUUGGGUUUUAAAAGCAGGGCUUCCCAGACACAUUUGGGGGGUUCGGCGCGAGCGCUUUGUGCUCAUGGACCAGCCGCGCAACUUUUGAAGGCUUGCCGGCCCAUGCGGGGUCCUUCUGGCGGUGCGCCGCCUGCAGUCCCUGUAAAGCGCCGGGGCUGGAGUUGCUGAGCCGCCCCGCCGCCGGGGUCCAUGUAGCCGCGGGUCAGGCGCGGACUGCGGCUCGGCGUGCGCGCGUUCCCCGCCGUCCCGCCCCGGCGAGCUCCCUCAUGUUGCAGCCCUGCGGCGCCCCUUCGACGACAGGCUGUGCGCGGUCUGCACGGCGCCCGGCGGCAGAGCUUCAUGUGGGGCUGCGGCUCGCGCAGCCGGCGCCUCGCUGAGGGAACUGAACCCCGGUAACCGGAGACCGCCUCCCCCCCACCCCUGGCGCCAAAGGAUAUCGUAUGUUCAGGUCCAAACGCUCGGGGCUGGUGCGGCGACUUUGGCGAAGUCGUGUGGUCCCCGACCGGGAGGAAGGCGGCGGCAGCGGCGGCGGCGGCGACGAGGAUGGGAGCGAGGGCAGCAGAGCUGAGCCGGCCCCGAGGCCACGAGAAGGCGGAGGCUGCAGCCGCCCCGAAGUCCGCCCGGUAGCCCUGCGGCGGCCCCGGGACGCGGUGGGACAGCGAGGCGCCCAGGGCGCGGGGAGGCGCCGGCGCGCAGGGGGCCCCCCGAGGCCCAUGUCGGAGCCGGGGGCCGGAGCUGGGGGCUCCCCGCUGGACGUUUCGGAACCAGGAGGCCGGGGCUGGCUGCCUGAAAGUGACUGCGAGACGGUGACCUGCUGCCUCUUCACGGAGCGGGACGCUGCUGGCGCGCCCCGGGACGCCGGCGACCCCCUGGCCGGGGCGGCCCUGGAGGCGGCGGGCAGCGGGCGGAGUCGUGAAGCCCGCUCGCGGCUGCUGCUUCUCGAGCAGGAACUCAAGACGGUCACGUACUCGCUGCUGAAGCGGCUCAAGGAGCGCUCGCUGGACACGCUGCUGGAGGCGGUGGAGUCCCGCGGCGGCGUGCCGGGCGGCUGCGUGCUGGUGCCGCGCGCAGACCUCCGCCUGGGCGGCCAGCCCGCGCCGCCGCAGCUGCUGCUCGGCCGCCUCUUCCGCUGGCCCGACCUGCAGCACGCCGUGGAGCUCAAGCCCCUGUGCGGCUGCCACAGCUUCGCCGCCGCAGCCGACGGCCCCACCGUGUGCUGCAACCCCUACCACUUCAGCCGGCUCUGCGGGCCAGAAUCACCGCCACCCCCCUACUCUCGGCUGUCUCCUCGUGACGAGUACAAGCCACUGGAUCUAUCUGAUUCCACAUUGUCUUACACUGAAACGGAGGCCACCAACUCCCUCAUCACGGCUCCGGGUGAAUUCUCAGACGCCAGCAUGUCUCCGGAUGCCACCAAGCCGAGCCAUUGGUGCAGCGUGGCCUACUGGGAGCACCGGACACGUGUGGGCCGCCUCUACGCGGUGUACGACCAGGCCGUCAGCAUCUUCUACGACCUACCUCAGGGCAGCGGCUUCUGCCUGGGCCAGCUCAACCUGGAGCAGCGCAGCGAGUCGGUGCGGCGCACGCGCAGCAAGAUCGGCUUUGGCAUCCUGCUCAGCAAGGAGCCCGACGGCGUGUGGGCCUAUAACCGCGGCGAGCACCCCAUCUUCGUCAACUCCCCCACGCUGGAUGCGCCCGGCGGCCGCGCCCUGGUGGUCCGCAAGGUGCCCCCCGGCUACUCCAUCAAGGUGUUCGACUUCGAGCGCUCCGGCCUCCUCCAGCACGGGCCCGAGCCCGAUGCCGCCGACGGCCCCUACGACCCCAACAGCGUCCGCAUCAGCUUCGCCAAGGGCUGGGGGCCCUGCUACUCCCGGCAGUUCAUCACCUCCUGCCCCUGCUGGCUCGAGAUCCUUCUCAACAACCACAGAUAGCGGCCCCGCCGCCGGGCCGGUGCCCAGAGACACAGCCCCACCGGAAGAACCCCCCCCCAGAUAUCAUCUACCUAGAUUUAAUAUAAAGUUUUAUAUAUUAUAUGGAAAUAUAUAUUAUACUUGUAAUUAUGGAGUCAUUUUUACAAUGUAAUUAUUUAUGUAUGGUGCAAUGUGUGUAUAUGGACAAAACAAGAAAGACGCACUUUGGCUUAUAAUACAGAUAUAUUUUCUUUCUUUUCCUCCUUCCUCUUUUUUUUUAAGAGAAUGAUACAGCAGAGCUAGGUGGAAAAGCCUGGGUUUGGUGUAUGGUUUUUGAAAUAUUAAUGCCCAGACAAAAAGCUAAUACCAGUCACUCGUUGAUAAUAAAGUAUUCGCAUUAUA